AUGCCCUCCCUGUGGAGAGAAAUCCUCCUGGAGACCCUUCUGGGCUAUGUUUCUUGGUCUCUCUACCAUGACUUAGGACCGAUGAUCUAUUACUUUCCCCUGCAAACACUGGAGCUCACUGGGUUUGAAGUUUUUGGCAUAGUCUCUCUUUCUCCAGCACUCCUAAUAAUUACUCCUUUCUGGAAGCUGGCUAACAAGAAGUGGAUGCUAACCCUGCUUAGGAUCAUCACUGUAGGCGGCUUAGCCUCCUUCCAGGCUCCAAAUGCCAUCCUUCGGCUGGUGGUCCUUGCACUUGGUGUGUUUUCUUCGCUGAUAGUGCACAGCGUGACUUGGUGGUCAGGAAGUGGUUUGCAAAGGUACCACAGAAUCUGGGGAUUUAUUUUAGGACAGAUUCUUCUUGUCGUCCUCCGCAUAUGGUAUACUUCACUAAAUCCAAUCUGGAGUUGUCAAUUGUCCAACAGAGUGAUCCUGGCAUUAAGUACGAUAGCCACACUUGAUCGCAUUGGCACAGAUGGUGACUGCAGCAAACCCGAGGGGAAGAAGACGGGUGAGGGGGCCAGAGGCGUGCCGUCUAGACCCACCCAGCUGCUGGCCGGCGCUGCCUUUGGUAGCCUCCUGUUCGUCACUCACUGGGUCUUUGGAGAGGUCUCACUUGUUUCCAGAUGGGCAGUGAGUGGUCAUCCCCACCCAGGGCCACAUCCGAACCCAUUUGGAGGUGCAGUUCUGCUGAGCCUGGCAAGUGGACUGACGCUCUCAGCUUGUUCGUGGUUUCCUAAUUCUGGUUUCAUCUGGUGGGUUACAGGAACGGCUUCAGCUGCGGGUCUCCUUUACCUGUCCACGUGGGCAGCUGCUGUUUCUGGCUGUGUGCUGGCCAUCUUCGCUGGGUCCAUGUGGCCUCAAGUGCUAAAACACCUGGUUAGCUCGGGGAUGAGCCCUGGAGAAACCAUGACUGUUGCCAUGGUGGUUUAUGUUCUAGACAUAUUUUUCUGUGCAUGGUGCACAGCCUUUAAGUUUGUCCCAGGAGGCGUUUACGCUAGAGAAAGAUCUGAUGUGCUUUUGGGGACCGUGAUGUUCAUUAUUGGGCUGAAUAUGUUAUUUGGUCCUAAGAAAAACCUUGAUUUUCUUCUUCAAACCAAAAACAGUCCUAAAAUGCUUUUCAGAAAGAGUGAGAAAUACAUGAUGCUUUUUUUGUGGCUGCUUGUUGGCUUGGGGUUGUUGGGAUUAGGACUACGACAUAAAGCCUAUGAGAGGAAAUUGGGCAAAGGGGUGCCAGCCACAGAGUUCUCUGCUGCCAUCUGGCCUCUCAGGUUUGGAUAUGACAAUGAAGGAUGGUCUAAUCUAGAAAGAUCAGCUCAAUUGCUCAACCAGACAGGUGCAGAUUUCAUAACCAUUUUGGAGAGUGAUGCUUCUAAGCCUUAUAUAGGUAACAAUGACUUAACCAUGUGGCUAGGGGAGAAGCUGGGUUUCUAUACAGACUUUGGUCCAAGCACCAGGGAUCACACCUGGGGGAUCAUGGUGUUAUCAAGAUACCCAAUUGUGAAAUCGGAGCAUCACCUUCUUCCGUCACCAGAGGGCGAGAUUGCACCAGCCAUAACCCUGACUGUCAACAUCUCCGACAAAUUUGUGGAUUUUGUUGUGACACACUUUGGAAACCAUGAAGAUGACCUUGACAGGAAACUGCAGGCUAUUGCUGUUUCAAAGCUGCUGAAAAAUUGCUCUAAUCAAGUGGUAUUUCUGGGGUAUAUCACUUCAGCACCUGGUUCCAGAGAUUACCUACAGCUCACCAAACAUGGCAAUGUGAAGGAUAUCGACAGCACAGAUCACGACAGAUGGUGUGAAUACAUUAUGUAUCGGGGGUUGAUCAGGUUGGGUUAUGCAAGAAUUUCCCGUGCUAAACUGAGUGACUCUGAAAUUCAAAUGGCAAAAUUUAGGAUCCCUGAUGACCCCAUUAAUUAUAGAGACAAUCAGAAAGUGGUCAUAGACCACAGAGAAGUUCCCAAGAAAAUUCGUUUCAAUCCCAGAUUUGGAUCCUACAAAGAAGGACACAAUUAUGAAAACAAUCAUCAUUUUCAUAUGAAUACUCCCAAGUACUUUUUAUGAACUAUUUAAAAUAAGAAGUCAUUUACUGGGAAAAUCUAAGGGGAAAAAUAUGUACAAUAGAAAGAAUUUAAUGCAAGUGGGAAAAGACGCACGGAGAAGAUACAUUUUUAAAAAUCAUGGUGCUAUGCAGUGGGGAAUUCCAUCCAUUUCUAACUUAUGUUGUUUAAUAAAAACAUUU